CAAUUACAGUUAACCCCCCUUCGAGUGUAAAUGGUUUGGCCCAAGGUUACCCUGCUUGUUCACUUCCUUUGUUCUGAAGCAACAGUUCAUUCAUAACAUUUAUAAAUCUCAAGGUGUAUUUUUAGUUACAUCCAAUGCAAUGAUGUAUUACAGCUCGUCGGUUCGUCAUUCGUCCUCGCAACUCCCAGUCAGCUGAUGGUCGGGUAGCGGCCGGCAUUUACCGGCUCAUAAACAUCCUAUUCACAUCUUCACUGUCAGUCUAUUCUCUAAAUAUAGCCGAAGGCGUUUAACUACAGUGGGUAUGAAACUUAACAAACAUUAACAAUUGAAGAUCAGCCUCCCUCCUUUCGCGAAGGACUAAGCAAUGUGGACAUUGUCAACACUUGGCGAAGCUGGACAGUGCUCAGUGACCAUGAUCUUCGAUCCUGCUGGUCAGUUGGCAAGACGGACUGUGAAGGAGUAGGAACGAGAUCAAAACUGCAGUCUUGGAUUUUUAUAAGCUGAGAGUGUAUCGAGCAUGAACCUGCUGGAGGGAGGUAAUGAGCUCAGCUGCAACCGGCCUAUGGCUCCCGUCUCUGUGGACUACGCGCCGACGACGGGCAGGACUGUAACCAAGUGUCACCGCAGACCAGACACUACUAAUCAUUUCUCAACGUGUAGUUGGCUACGGAAUGGCGGUUUCAAGUAUUUUUUCCUGGUGACAUGGACGGGCAUCAAUUUUGCAGUGUUUUGGUGGAGCUACAUGCAAUACAAGAUGGAAGCCAAGUAUUACUACUUGCGUGGUAUCCUAGGGCUUGGGCUUUGUUUUUCGAGGGGUUCAGCAGCCGUGCUUAAUCUUAAUUGUGCUACAAUCUUGCUACCAAUGUGCAGAUGUGUGCUGUCACUGAUCAGGAGUUCUAAACAUGUCCACCGAACCACAAGGAAAUGCUUGGACAGAAGUCGAUUUGUACACAUCGUUAUAGCCGUCUUCAUUUGUGCAGGAACAGCUGUUCACUGUGUUGCUCAUUUCUUCAAUGCUGUACAUUUCUCCAAUCGUUUCAAUGUUAAUGUUCCAGAUGUAAAUGUAGCGCAGUAUCUCGGUGAGAACCCUUGCAGGAUAAUUUUCACAACAGUGCCUGGAAUAACAGGCUGCCUUAUGCUCAUUAUAUUGGCGGCAAUCGUCCUAACGUCCUGCCGAGCUGUAAGGACAUCAAGACACGAGUUGUUCUGGUACUGCCAUCAAUUUUUCUUUGUGUUCUAUGCACUACUUAUAGCCCACUCAUUAGGAGGUGUCUUAAAAGAGCAGUAUAAUCUGAAUAUGCAUACACCGGGCUGUAUAGACACACCCAUACCCGCUGCGGAACGAGAAACAAACCAACAUGGAGUAGACAUGGACAAGAAUACCACCAUGAUAUGUCAAGAGAAACCUGCUUUUGUUUCACAUAGAUCCGAUACAUGGUGUUUUCUAGUACUCCCCGCUGGUUUGUAUAUUUUUGAGAGAAUAUGGAGAUUCUUUAAAAGCUAUCAAAGUGUAACUAUAACAGCUGUUCGGUUCCAAGCGUGUGAUGUCAUGGAGUUGGAGUUACAUGUGGAUAAGUUGAAGGCUCUUCCAGGACAGUAUGUUAUGCUACAAUGUCCAUUAGUGUCACGUUUUGAAUGGCAUCCAUUCACAAUAACAAGGUGCCCAUCAAUAAGCAACUGGACUUUUACUGUUCAUAUCAGAAUCAAGGGGGACUGGACAAGCUCUCUUAGAAAUUUAUUAAUGAAAAGUUGUGGGCCAGGAAUGGGUGAUUCUGAAUGUCUUCAGCUACCAAGAUUGUACAUUGAUGGGCCUUUUGGUAGUGCUAGUGAAGAUGUGUUUCGCUAUGACACCAGUAUAUGCAUAGCUGGAGGAGUUGGUGUCACUCCAUUUGCUGCAGUUUUAAAUUCACUUCUAGAGGAUAGUCAACACAAAACCAAGUUACGCAGAUUGUACUUUAUAUGGGUGUGUCGCAGUGUUUCUAGCUUUGACUGGUUUGCAGACUGCAUAGCACAACUUCAUAAAAAGCUGUGGGAUUCCAACCGACCAGAUCUGUUGAUAUUCAGGCUGUAUGUCACUGGUGAGGAUAACUACAAUUCAAUGAAGGAGAGUUCAGCAACACAGAGUCUGGUGUGGAGUAGAGUCAAUAAGGGAAGGCCAGAUUUGAAACAACUAUUCAGUGAAGUCUCAUUAUGCAAUCCUGGGUCUAAUGUUGGUGUUUUUGUCUGUGGUCCCAAGAAACUCUCAAAGCGUGUUCACAAGCAUUGCAAUGGAUGGAAUCAACGCAAGACCAAGUUUCAUUAUAACAAGGAAAGUUUUGGCUGACUCCAGGAAGACACUAUUAAAGUGAUUGAUAUCAAGGGCUUACAGUCAGUGUGAACCACAAAUUGCAAUAAGGUGAAAGGGGGGAUGCCUCAUUUAAUUUACACAAAAAGACAAAUCUUUGCUGUUCCUAUCCUCCUAGUACAUAGAAUGCACACACAAUCAUUCUGAAUAGCCAGGAGCCCAGUUUUUGAGUAGACACAAUGAUUUCCAUUUUAGUCUUAUCAUCUUUUGCAUGUUCAAUUGCGCGGUCUAAUUUCGAUCUUGCAAGUGAGUGUCUGUGCCAAUUGUCUCUGGUCUUAGUAUUUUAGAAAGGAAUCCUAUGUCAUUGGUACAGGUAUCAUGUUUUAAACCUUGUUUUAGCUUUCAAGAAAGACUUUACUAAGGUUGGAUUGUAUAAUGUCGGUGUCAGUUUUUAACAAGUAAGCUUUGAGAUUGUAAAUUAUUGUCAGCCAUUGUAACAAUAAUUUAUAUUACCCUUAAAGCACUGGACACAUUUGGUAAUUUUCAAAGACUAGUACAGAAGUACACCUAGAAACAAAUUGAUGUGCCAGAAGUACACCUAGAAACAAAUUGAUGUGCCAGAAGUACACCUACAAACAAAUUGAUGUGCCAGAAGUACACCUACAAACAAAUUGAUGUGCCAGAAGUACACCUAGAAACAAAUUGAUGUGCCAGAAGUACACCUAGAAACAAAUUGAUGUGCCAGAAGUACACCUAGAAACAAAUUGAUGUACCAGAAGUACACCUAGAAACAAAUUGAUGUGCCCGAAGUACACCUAGAAACAAAUUGAUGUGCCAGAAGUACACCUAGAAACAAAUUGAUGUGCCCAUGUGUGCCCCCUAGGCCUUAUUUUCAUCCCUGAUUGUACCAUAUGAAGGUGCUUAUGAUAUUGGUGCUACAUGUAUACAAAAAUGUAUAUUUUAAUGAAGAGAAUAGCAAAAACUUCACAGAUUCCCUGUUUGGAAUACUCUCCCUCUGAAUACCUAUUGUAAUAUAGAAGGCACCAGACUGUUUCCCUUUCAGCCCAGUCUGGUUAGACUGGUUUUCAUGGACAAAAACAAAGUCUGGUAACCAGCAGUCAAUAUAAAUCUGGCGACAUCCCUUGCCUUAGUGUGGCACUGUUUAAAAUGUUUUGAUAACCUAUUAAUACUGUAUAUAUGAUAGCUGAAUAAUUUGUAUAACUUUACUUUGUUAUUUAUUAGAGAAACUUUGUACAUUACAUUAAAGCCAUUUGGAUCACUUUGUAGUUGCAAAUCAAAGUGGACUUAUGGCAACAAUUAAGUAUAAGCUAUUUAUAAUUGAUACCUACACUGUAUGUUGACAAUGCAUAUUUAUUUUACAAGCAUUUUAAGAAUUGGUGCUUUAGUUCAAAGGUGCUCAUAACAAUCUGAAUAUAAAGCAGGUGUGUUGAUAGAUAUAUUUUCUUACUGAAAAGGUUAUACCUGUAAAUUAAAAACCUGGUCAAAUUUCGCUUGAAGGUAAAACACAACUUGAUUGCUGGAUACUCAAUCAAUUCAAAAGUCUGUUUCAUUCCAUUAGGCUUUAUGGAAAGCAAGUUGACCAGAGUUUGAUAAAAAUGUUUGAAGCUUUGUCUGGUUCCCCUAUCUACGUGAUGACUGAUAACAUAUUCCUAGUUCUCAUUUUAGUAACAAGGACCAGACCCUAUUCCUUUCAGCUUCUACAAUUAUUUGGUCAUAACUGCUUGAAACAAGAUAGAUACACAAUGGGUGAUGUCUAUGGGGCUUGGAGUAUAAAAACCCAAUAAAAAGGCUUUUACAUUAGGAAUAGUAGCAAACCAGGUGUGUGUACAUGGGGGCUUUGCCCUGUAAAGGUUAACUUGAUGUAAAAACAACAGUCUCCACUGAAAUAGUAAUGAUCAGUUUACUUCAUUACCUUCCUUCUACACAUUGAAACAUUGGUCCAAACUUUGAAAUCUCAAAAUAAUGUUUUGUUUUAACACAAACGAUGUGAAUGUUUUGUAGAAAACAGGUCUAGGUUGUUCAUUAUUGCAUCAGUAUUAAUUGUUUUAACUGAAAUCAUUGUGUUUUUUUAACAAAACAUAUCAAUAUGUAAUUUAUUCCUUAGGUAUCACAUUCUUACUUUGCUGAUAAUAUAAAUUUGUGUUACAUGUUGUUGUUUAGUGGAGUUGCUCUCUUUUGGCAUUGCCAGUGCCUUUUUGAUCUCAAAACUCUUCAAGUAUAUUGAAGUUAAAACAACUCUAUUUUGUCAAGUGGACUUUUCUUUUUUAGGACGAUAUAAACAUGUUAAAUAAAAUGAACUCACUGCCAGUAUUAAUUAAUUUCUAAAAACCUUUGCUUAAUCUGAGGCUGUUUUGUUAGGGUUUAAAGGCUCAAUUUCAUGUUGCAACUAAUUCAGUAAAUAUCUCUCUACAAACUUUUGCAGCAAAGCUUCAAGAACAUUUUAGUGUUUGGGACGGUAAUGUUUUCACUAAAAGAGAGUCACGUACUUCAAUCAAGUUUGGGGAAUGUAUUGUUACAGACUGGGAAUGGAGUGAAGAAUUUAUUCUUACAAACCAGUUUCUGUUAAGAUUACUCUUCCACAAUUCCUCAUUGAAAUUGAAACGGAAAUGUUGUGUUACAAAAAGGCAAACACUAACUUUUUAUAAUAAUGCACUUUCCAAUGCCCCUUAAAUUACAAUGCAAGUGGUUGAUUUACCCAUUUAUUUAGCUAUUGUUUUUAAUUCAGAUUUUUUGCGCCAAACUGUCUUUGAUUUUACUUUAGGUUGAAUUUGUAGUUGUGUAACUUUUAUUUAAAACAUGGUGGAGAGGCAAUAUCCCCCCAGUUUACGUCCCACAAUAAUAAUUUAAAUAGUUUCUAAAAUAAAGAAGCCCAUGUUGUACAUAACGGGUAUUAAACCCAGGACCAUAGGUUCCAGAGUCAUUGAAUCCUUCCAUUAGACCAGUCGGUCAUCCUAAGAAACUGAUGAAUUGGACACAGGUAUUGAAAAAGGAACAUGAGUGUGAGUUGGAGUUGAACCCAGAACCCUUGGACCAGCAACUUAUUUUAAAGGACUUCGUUGAUUUGGGCCUAAAACAGCAACAACAUUUAACAACUCAUAUUGGAAAGAAACACUAGAUGGUUGCACCCUGAAUAAAAUAUUGCAUAGAAACAGAACCAAAUAGUCUGGUACCAUAAUAAGCAUAUCACAUGCACAGAACCUUUGGUUUCAGGGAGUAAUGUCUGCAUUGGGAAUGAGGCAAAUACAUACCCAGUGUAUUGUAAUGUUUCGUCAUAGGCUGUAUCCAAUUUGUCGCCUACGGCUACGACUGUUGCUAAGGGAGGUGCUAAGGUUUUCUUAUACCAACAUAUAAUGACACGGUGAUCAAGCCGUAGCCAUAACAGCCAAUUUGGAUACAGUCCAAGUUCAAAUAAGUAGAACAUGUGAUCUAUUGUUGAUAUCCUAAAAAAAUGCAUGAUAUUUAAGUGUAACAUACAGUAAAAUGUUGAUACUAUAAAAUAAUUUUAACAGAUAGACCAGAAAAAAAAAUAUGCAGUAGACUCUGUGUAUAGCAUUAGUUUUUGGUUACUAUUUAAAUAAAAACAGACUGCAUUUUA